UAGCGUUCCUUGUAGACAGUGCUGGUGUUCGCAGCCCUCGGUUCUUGCCGGUGGCUGUCCCCGCCGCACUUUGUGGGGAGCCAUCCUCCCAGCCCUCCGCGCGUUAUUAGCGAGGUCCGCCGGCCCCAAGGAGGCUUCUGUUGAGGUAGCCGAGGGGCUCUAGGCCCCGCGUAACCCCCGCGGGCACGCUUUGCCCACGUGCUCCACGAAACGCCCACCCCGCAGGCCCGGGCUGUGGCUCCUUCCUGGUAACUCGGAGAGAACCCUGCUCGCUUUUCUAGCAUUACCCAGACUCGGAAGGCAAGCUUUGCCCUCUGUUUGACUUGGAGGUGGUAUAUUUGCUGUAAUUCCCUCUCUCUCAAGGAGGAGGAUACCUGUCCGGAUAGGGAGAAUUAAAACUCUUGUCCCUAGCAUGUCCAGCAUGCUUGCAGAUCUGAAUUAGUAGCUACUAAAAAAAAGAAGAAAAACUAGAUUUUACAUUUUUAAAAUGCAGGUUUCCAACUUUUUUAGAAAAUUUGCUUAUUAGUUCAGAGUCCCACAAAAAGCUAGAUACUGAGGCCUGGUCAGUGUUAAAGGAACUGAAAAGAAGUAGUUAAACACGAGAGCUGCCCACAUUACUGAGUGGGUAGUAGCACUCCUCCACCUGAAGGGAGGGCUGCUGUUAGCAAAGCCCAGCUCCAACUCUGGAAGAGACGCCCCUGGAGGAAUGGCCAUAAAGUGCUAGGCAGCCACGUGAGGAACUUGAGCAAGGCAGAGGGACAGGGCCCUAACCCUUCCCCGGCUGCGCCCCGGGUUCCAGCUGGCACCUUCCUCGGACAAAGCCCAAACGGCAGCCAGAGGGUAAAGGAGUCCGGAAAUUCUAUGGAACUGUAGUUGGUUCUACUUUGUAAUGUCUCUAUCUGAAAAGCAAAGUAAGGACAGAAAAAAUGGAGGAGAAAAUGAGAGACUUCUGCAAGCCAACAAUAGAAAUCUCACCACUUCUUUUGGAUACCCAGACAAUACCAUCAAGACCUCAAAAUAUAAUGCCUUAAACUUCCUGCCCAUGAACCUGUUUGAACAGUUCCAGAGACUUGCAAAUGCCUAUUUCCUGAUUUUGGUAUUCCUGCAGACAAUUCCCCAGAUUUCCCCCUUGGCAAGUUACACAACUGUGAUACCCCUGACGGUGGUGCUGUCCAUAACAGCUGUGAAAGAUGCCAUCGAUGACAUGAAAAGGCACCAAAAUGACAAUCAAGUUAACAACCGUCCUGUUCUGCUGCUGGCAAAUGGCAGGAUGGAGGAGGACAAAUGGAUGAAUGUCCAAGUGGGAGAUAUAAUCAAACUUAAAAAUAAUCAGCCUGUUACAGCAGAUAUAUUAUUGCUCUCAAGCAGUGAGCCGUACGGUCUGGCAUACAUAGAAACAGCAGAACUGGACGGUGAAACCAACCUGAAAGUGAAGCAGGCCAUCUCAGUUACCAGUGACUUGGAAGAUAACCUGGAGCUGCUGUCUGCUUUUGAUGGAGAAGUAAAGUGUGAUCCUCCCAAUAACAAGCUGGACAAAUUCACAGGCAUCCUGACCUACAAAGGGCAGCAGUACUUGCUCGGCCAUGACAAGCUGCUGCUCCGAGGCUGCGUCAUCAGGCACACGGAGUGGUGCUACGGCCUGGUGGUUUAUACGGGGCCAGACACCAAAUUAAUGCAGAACAGUGGAAAGUCCACCUUUAAACGGACGCAUAUAGACCGUCUUGUCAAUGUCCUUGUGCUCUGGAUUUUCCUGCUUUUAGUCAUCAUAUGUUUUAUCAUAGCAGUUGGUCAUAGCAUUUGGCAGAGCAAGAUAGGCUACUACUUCCAGAGUUUUCUGCCAUGGGAAGAUUACAUCUCUUCAUCAGUUGUAUCUGCCGCACUCAUUUACUGGUCCUACUUCAUUAUUCUCAACACCAUGGUGCCCAUUUCCCUCUACAUCAGUGUUGAAAUAAUAAGACUGGGCAAUAGUUUCUACAUCAACUGGGAUCGGAAGAUGUUUUAUGCGCCGAUGAACACCCCAGCACAGGCUCGCACUACCACCCUUAACGAGGAGCUUGGCCAGGUCAAAUAUGUGUUCUCUGACAAAACAGGGACCCUGACUCAGAACAUCAUGAUGUUCCACAAGUGCUCUAUCCACGGAGAAGUCUAUGGCAAUUCCCAUGGCAAGGUUGGAGCUAAGGUGCCCGACUCUGAGAAAGAAAAAGUUGACUUCUCCUACAACAAGCUGGCCAGCCCCAACUUUGCAUUUUAUGACAGCACUUUGGUGGAAGCAGUGAGACGUGGAGAUAAGUGGGUGCGCUUGUUUUUCCUGUCCCUGUCGCUAUGUCACACUGUGAUCCCGGAGGAGAAGGUAGAAGGUGAGCUGGUGUACCAGGCGCAGUCCCCAGACGAAGGUGCCCUUGUCACUGCUGCCAGAAACUUCGGAUUUGUGUUCCGCUCCCGCACGUCUGAGACAAUCACAGUGGUUGAAAUGGGGGUAACCAGAGUCUACCAGGUGCUGGCUAUUUUAGACUUCAGCAAUGUACGCAAGAGGAUGUCUGUCAUUGUGCGGACACCUGAAGACCAGUUAAUGCUCUUCUGCAAGGGCGCAGACACAAUCAUCUGUGAGCUGCUUCACUCGUCCUGCACAGACCUUAACAACAUGACCAUGGAACAUUUAGAUGACUUUGCCACUGAAGGCCUUCGCACCCUCAUGGUGGCUUACCGCGAGCUGGAUGCUGCGUUUUUCCAGAGCUGGAGCCACAAGCACAGCGCAGCCUACUGGUCUUUGGAGGAUCGGGAAAAUAAGCUGUCCGUUGUCUAUGAAGAGAUAGAGAAAGACUUGAUGCUGUUAGGGGCCACAGCCAUAGAAGACAAGCUGCAAGAUGCAGUGCUUGAGACCAUCGUCACCCUGAACAAAGCCAAAAUCAAAAUCUGGGUUUUAACUGGAGAUAAGCAAGAGACUGCUGUGAACAUUGCCUACUCCUGUAAUAUAUUUGAGGAUGAAAUGGAUGAGGUGUUCAUGGUGCAAGGCAAGAAUUAUGAGACAAUUUGUCAAGAACUCAGGUACAGGACAGCAAGGGCCAAGAUGAAGCCUGAGUCUCUGCUGGAAUCAGACCCAACAAGCGUUCCUCUUUUGGCGAAGCCCAAAACGCCGUCCGUAGUACCUGAUGAGGUGCCCAGCGGCACCUACGGCUUGGUCAUCAAUGGCGACAGUCUGGCCUGUGCUCUAGAAGAGGACCUGGAGUUGGAACUGCUGCAAGCAGCGUGCAUGUGCAAGGGGGUGAUCUGCUGCCGGAUGACACCCCUUCAGAAGGCCCAGGUGGUCGAGCUGGUGAAGAGGUACAAGAAGGGGGUGACACUGGCCAUCGGGGACGGAGCCAAUGAUGUCAGCAUGAUCAAAGCCGCCCACAUUGGAGUCGGCAUCAGCGGCCGUGAGGGGAUGCAGGCCAUGCUCAACAGCGACUUUUCCUUCUCCCAGUUCCACUACCUGCAGCGUCUUCUCUUGGUCCAUGGCCGCUGGUCUUACAAUCGCAUAUGCAAGUUUCUCAGCUACUUCUUUUAUAAGAACUUUACCUUCACCCUGGUGCACGUCUGGUAUGCCUUCUUCAACGGGUUCUCUGCUCAGACAGUUUAUGAUAGCUGGUUUAUCACCUGCUUCAAUCUGAUCUACACCUCCCUUCCUGUCCUGGGCUUGAGUCUGUUUGAUCAGGAUGUGAAUGACACAUGGAGCCUCUGUUUCCCAGAGCUGUAUGAAGCAGGCCAGCACAACCUUUUUUUCAAUAAGAAGAAAUUCAUGAAUUGUUUAAUACAUGGGAUCUACAGUUCCUUCGUGCUGUUCUUUGUCUCCGUGGGGACCAUCCACAACUCCGAGCGCAGUGAUGGGAAGGACAUCUCCGACUUCCAGACCUUUUCCCUGAUAGUGCAGACCUCCUUGAUGUGUGUGGUCACGAUGCAGAUUGCCAUGAAGACGGCCUACUGGACACUGAUGAGCCACCUCUUCAUCUGGGGCAGCCUGGGGUUCUACUUCUGCAUGUUAUUCUUCUUGUACAGUGACGGCUUGUGUCUAAUGUUCCCCAGAAUCUUCCACUUCCUGGGCGUGGCCAGGACCUCCCUGAACCAGACUCAGCUGUGGCUCAGCAUCUUCCUCAGCACGAUCCUCUGCAUAAUCCCUGCCGUCGGAUAUAUGUUUCUCAAACCCCUGUUCUACCCUGUCAGCGUGGACAAGGUUUUUGACAUAAUUCGUCAUUGCAUGAAAUUUCCGCUGCCGCCUCCAGUUCCGGUCAGAUUGAAACACUCAAACUUUCGACGUUCUGCGUAUGCUUUCUCCCACCAACACGGCUUUGGGGCGCUCAUCACUUCCGGCAAGACAACGAAGAGCAAGCAAAAGAAGAAAAACAGCUGUUCCUUAAAAAUAUAGAGGCCCUUUGGGAAACCCCAGAAGAGUCGGUCAUUGCUCUUCCUCCUUUGUAGUCAUGCAGUUUAGUAAGAAGGAACCAGAAAUCAGCAUAUACCUGCUCCAUAGGGCUUCAGCCUGGUCAUUCUCCGGAAGGCUGUGCCCUCAAAGCAAGAAAUGAGUUUGGGGGAAAGCCCCCACGUAUCUGCCAGAGUUGCAGAACUUCAAGAAAAAGCAACUUCAUGCUUCUCUCUUCCCAUCUCUUUCAAGUUUGAAUGCAGACAAGCAAAUGUGGAAGUAUGGGGUGGAGAGGGACAAAGUCGGAGAGGAAAAAGAAGAUAUGGUGCAAGAAUCUUACUUUGGGCCCUGCGUCCUAUACCCGUAGCAACCACAAACCUGCCCAGGGCCCCCAUGAACGUCCCCCCCGCACCAGCCACCCUGCCCAGUUUGUCUGGGAAUCAGGUGAGUCAGUUGUGAGUCCUUGGAAGGAAAAGAAGGAAGCAGCUGUGAAGAGUUGGCUUAAGAAGGUGAAGGAGUUUCUGGACAAAAAAAAGAAAAGAAAAUGCAGGCCGGUCCUGCCUGGACAACUCAGAAUAUUGCCUUCUUCCCUUCUCAUUGACCCAAAAACUGGUUCUUGUUCAGGCUUCAGAACUUGGAGGGAGAUAAUGCAGGAGAUUUUUUUUUUAAUCUUUUCUUGGAAGGAUGAAAGGAUGUAAGGUGAGCAUUUGUCUUCAUGCCAUAAAAUUAUUUUGAUAAAUUGUACAUAUGAAAUUGUUUCUAGGAAGUUUAUGGAGAAAUAAAUUACAGUUUUGGAGUGGA